CGGGCCAUCCCAGCCCCCGGGCCUCAUCUCCGGCCCGGGCAGAGUCGCUGCUUCCGCGUUUGGUUCCUUUUUCCCCGCUGGGAGUGAGAACAAGGCGUCCCCUUCUACUCAACGUUUGCCAAAAGCGGGUCCGACGUGUUAGCGGAAAAAAGUGAUGCCACCAAAAAGAAAUGAAAAAUACAAACUUCCUAUUCCAUUUCCAGAAGGCAAGGUUCUGGAUGAUAUGGAAGGCAAUCAGUGGGUACUGGGCAAGAAGAUUGGCUCUGGAGGAUUUGGAUUGAUAUAUUUAGCUUUCCCCACAAAUAAACCAGAGAAAGAUGCAAGACAUGUAGUAAAAGUGGAAUAUCAAGAAAAUGGCCCGUUAUUUUCAGAACUUAAAUUUUAUCAGAGAGUUGCAAAAAAAGACUGUAUCAAAAAGUGGAUAGAACGCAAACAACUUGAUUAUUUAGGAAUUCCUCUGUUUUAUGGAUCUGGUCUGACUGAAUUCAAGGGAAGAAGUUACAGAUUUAUGGUAAUGGAAAGACUAGGAAUAGAUUUACAGAAGAUCUCAGGCCAGAAUGGUACCUUUAAAAAGUCAACUGUCCUGCAAUUAGGUAUCCGAAUGUUGGAUGUACUGGAAUAUAUACAUGAAAAUGAAUAUGUUCAUGGUGAUAUAAAAGCAGCAAAUCUACUUUUGGGUUACAAAAAUCCAGACCAGGUUUAUCUUGCAGAUUAUGGACUUUCCUACAGAUAUUGUCCCAAUGGGAACCACAAACAGUAUCAGGAAAAUCCUAGAAAAGGCCAUAAUGGGACAAUAGAGUUUACCAGCUUGGAUGCCCACAAGGGAGUAGCCUUGUCCAGACGAAGUGACGUUGAGAUCCUCGGCUACUGCAUGCUGCGGUGGUUGUGUGGGAAACUUCCCUGGGAACAGAACCUGAAGGACCCUGUGGCUGUGCAGACUGCUAAAACAAAUCUGUUGGACGAGCUCCCCCAGUCAGUGCUUAAAUGGGCUCCUUCUGGAAGCAGUUGCUCCUUUCUUUCACUGGAAACCAAAAUUUUCAUUUGUGGAGGAAAGGAAAGAAUAAGCCAGUUCUACUUCCCCUCUCCAUUUGCAAGUCCAAUAAGCCUAUCCCCACGUGAAAUAGCCCAAUUUUUGGUAUGUGCUCAUAGUUUAGCAUAUGAUGAAAAGCCAAACUAUCAAGCCCUCAAGAAAAUUUUGAACCCUCAUGGAAUACCUUUAGGACCACUGGACUUUUCCACAAAAGGACAGAGUAUAAAUGUCCAUACUCCAAACAGUCAAAAAGUUGAUUCACAAAAGGCUGCAACAAAGCAAGUCAACAAGGCACACAAUAGGUUAAUCGAAAAAAAAGUCCACAGUGAGAGAAGCGCUGAGUCCUGUGCAACAUGGAAAGUGCAGAAAGAGGAGAAACUGAUUGGAUUGAUGAACAAUGAAGCAGCUCAGGGAAGCACAAGGAGAAGACAGAAAUAUCAAGAGUCUCAAGAACCUUUGAAUGAAGUAAACAGUUUCCCACAAAAAAUCAGCUAUACACAAUUCCCAAACUCAUUUUAUGAACCUCAUCAAGAUUUUAUCAGUCCAGAUAUAUUCAAGAAGUCAAGAUCUCCAUCUUGGUAUAAAUACACUUCCACAGUCAGCACGGGGAUCACAGACUUAGAAAGUUCAACUGGACUUUGGCCUACAAUUUCCCAGUUUACUCUUAGUGAAGAGACAAACGCAGAUGUUUAUUAUUAUCGCAUCAUCAUACCUGUCCUUUUGAUGUUAGUAUUUCUUGCUUUAUUUUUUCUCUGAAGAUACCAAAUUAUUUUUUCUCUGAAGAUACCAAAAUUCCUUUUGAUAAUUUUUUAAGUUUCCAGCUCUUCAUCAAAAUGUUAUAUUCUUAUUUCAGUGUUUCCUUCCAGACAUUUUUAAGGUAAUUGGCUUUAAAAAGAGAACAUAUUUUAACAAAGUUUGUGGACACUCUAAAAAAUAAAAUUGCUUUGUACUAGAAA